UAGCGUAUGAAUAUUAAUAUCGGAAUGCAAUCUAAACUCUAAACUGCUUGUCUGCCGAACAAUACAGGCCGACCAUUCUUUUACCGCGUCAAGGCGCAGGGUGCGGGUUGGAGGUUAUGUCAAGCUAGGUUAGACUCCAGAUGGAUCAGGGUUCAAAACUAGGAUUGAGUUAGUCUCUAUUUUCAAUUCUGCCAGUAUUCGUCCGGGGUGUAUAAUCCAGUUUUAAUUCAACCCCGUCGCAUUGUCCGUCUGACACAAUGAUGGAGCACUACCGGCAGUUGAUGAAGCUGGUAAACGAGCAAAUGAAGAGAUACAUCGUGCUCGGCAAUGCGAAGGGGAUUGUAAAAGAUGCCGCGGGAAAAGCGCAGAGCAAGCUCGCCGAUGCGCAGAGUAUCGCGACUGAAAAGUACAAUAUCGUUGCGAAAAAACUUAAUGACCAGGCUAUCAUAAUGCAAGAUUUGAAUGCAAGGGCAUUAGAGCCGAGCGGACCAUUGCCAGGAAAAAUCGUAAAAUGGUGGCAAUGGUACAACCAAGUAACGGGAAUGGACACGGUUGAAGCAGCCAGAACGCAGGUGAUUGCUCUUCAGAAUAAGCUCUUCGACUGUCAGGACAGCAGGAGGACCCUGAAUAAAGAAUUAACGGCCAUCACUUCCAAACUGCAAGAAAUCUAUGCGGAAUUAAUUCAGACGAGGCGAGACGAUCCCAAAUACGUGCAAUUAACAAUGGUGGAACACAAGUCUUUGCAGGAACAAAAGAAAGUUAUGAACCAGCUGGAGUUGUCCGAGAAAGAGGAGCGGGACAAUUUCACGCAGCUGGCAACGGCGAUAAAAGACUAUCACGUUAGCCAAAACUUAAACGCGCAGAAAUACAAGUAUUUGUCUAUCAUCGCCUCCGCCCUACUAGCGAUUGUAUCAUUGAUCGGUUCAAUGAUACUUAAUAACAGGAGGAUACAAGACGUGCGAACGACCAUAGAGGUAGCGCGAGAAAGGAAUGAGUCGUUACUUCAAACUCAUAUGAACGAACUGUCUAACGUUAAAAAUAUAUUGCAGUCACUCAAUACUACGGUUUCCCAACAAUUAGCAGAUAUUGGUAAAAAGCAGGAAAACGCGAUAGCUUCAGACAAACAAAGCAAUCAAUUUAAUACGUCUAAUAUCCUCGUGACUUCCGCCAAGUAUUCAGCAAGUUUGUUAAUUUCAGGAGCGAGUUAUAUCAAGAGAGGUAUUUAUGCAUGUGGAUCGUAUAUUUUUUAUAAGUAACGCAAGUCAUUUAUACAUCAUU